CUGGUCGUUGUUCUUGUUGUCGGUGAAACGUAUUCGCGCUACAGCCCCUGGUUGGUAUGUAAAACAACCACGCCGCUGUUCGUAGAGAAAUCACUUGCACGGCGCCAAAAUUAAAAUUGAAAAAAAAAAACGAAAAUACCGACGACAAGACUACAGUAGAAUUCGUACGAUACCGAAGAAGAAUUCGAAGACCCAUAAACACAUCCCGAGUGAAUAAGGAGCAAAACUUGAUUUAGAAACAUUACGAAAAAUGUAUUUAAAGCGAUGAAGAUGAACCAACAGUGUAAGGUAUGCGAGGAACAGGCGGCUGGCUUUCAUUUUGGAGCUUUUACAUGCGAAGGAUGUAAAUCGUUUUUUGGCCGAGCACACGCCAACCCCGCGACGGUGGUGUCAGCAAAAUGCAAGUCGGGUGAUGACCGGUGCGUGAUCGACAAGAAGAACCGGACGUCGUGCAAGGCAUGUCGGCUGAAAAAGUGUCUGGCCGUGGGCAUGUCGAAGAGCGGUUCGAGAUACGGCCGCCGAUCCAACUGGUUCAAAGUCCACUGCCUGCUCCGUGAACAGAGACUUCUACCCGGCGACCACGACAACAACCGCUUCGAUAAGGGUGAUGUCAGCACUCCACCGCCGCCGCCACCACUAUUACCACGGUUACAACGCCCGCGUAUCUCGCUGCUUUCGUUACCGGUACCACUGCAGCAAUGGGCACCACCGUUGCUCCAGUUUUUUAGUUUCGCGCCGAACGGUCGGGCUCCGUUACCGCGGUCCGAGCGGUCGGCCUUCCGCGUGACCACUGCCUCCGGACCCGUAGACGAAGACGACCGACCCGUGGACCUCACUGUUCUUCAAUCGGCCGACGACAACGAUGACGAUAAUAACAACGAGAUAAUAUCAUGGAAGACCGCCAAGUUACGGUUGUUGCAGCAGAGCGAAAUGUCCGAAACGCCUCUCGACCUAUGCGUCGGGAACGCCGACCACCGGAACUCGGAGACGGAUGGAGUCCGACGACACGAGGACGUGUCAUAGUCGACAAAUGUACAAUGAUAACGCUGAGACAACUGAGACACGGUGCGACCGCGACUUGAGAAGAACUAACUAUCGAUCCUCAAAUGUACCCUAAACAAUAUAAACAAACGUCAUUUUUCCACCGACAUACCUCGCCGUUCAAUCGUUAUCACCACUAAAUUAAGAAUGUGGGGCACAACAAUCUCAUCCUGUACAUCCAUCCAACGAAUCAAGAAGUAAAACCAGACUGCGACUAAAUGCGACAAACGCAUUAUUUUAUACUACUCGAAAUUUUCCUGCGCGGAAUAGAGAUGACAUAAUCCAUUCAUAGCCUAUACGAUGAAGACCUUUGGAAACAAAAAAUCACCCUCUUCGUAUGUGAUAAACUUUUCGAAACGACGAUAUAUAUAUCGCAUUGAUACCAAAAU